AUGAUAAAAAAAUAACAAUCUAAAAAGAUUAUUUCUCUAGAAGAAUCAAUUGAUGAAGAUAAAAGAAAAGAUCAAAUUAUAUUAAAAUUACUCUAAAAUAAUACAAAUUUACAUCCAUAAUAAUUAACAGCCAUCAAAUUUGAUUUGAAUGAAAAUGAAUUACAUUCUAAUCAAGUUAUUUACUAAUAAAACAAUCAAAUUUCUUUAGAAUAUGCAACCCCUUAAAUUGUUUAAAAUAAUCUUGAAAUGGUUAAAGAAAACUUAAAAAUAGUUAUAAAUGAAAAAUUUGAAGAAUCUAAAUGUCUCAAUUGGUUGCAAUUAAUUAUGGAAUUUAUAAAAGUUAUGGCCUAUUGUAAUGUAUUAAUAUAAGAUGGAUGUUCAAAUUAAAAAACACUUUGGUUUUUUCUAAUGUUUAUACAUGAUGUAAUAUUCAAUUAUUAAUUUAUAAGAUUGCUUAAAUUAUUGUUGUUCUUAAAAUUGUCAAUACAAUACCUGAUAAAUUUGAAAGUAAAUUGUUAACCAAAAGAAAUACAAAGAUGAAAAGAGAAUCUAAAUAUCUUAUGGCUGGAAGAUACUCUUAUUAUAGUUAAUUAAUGUCAGAUAUUGAUAAAGUUGAAAAUCAAAUUUAUUAAUAAAAUGAUUAACCUUAAUCCUCAAGAACCAUCAAAUAUUAUUCUCUAUAAAUAUAUAAUCACAUGUACUAAAUUAAAAUAAUUUAAUAGAUUUUAUAUUAUUUUGGUCAUUUGGGGAGUUCUUUAAUUAGGAUAAAUUUGUUAAUCAAAUAUUGUACUUUAUACUUUUUAAGGAUUCAUUAUGUUGGGAAUUAUAACUUUAAUCUUUAAAUUUAUUUAUUUUUUAUCUUUUAAAUUUUGUAUUGGGGCUGUGGUUGCUAAUUAUCUCAUAAUUGCAGAUAAAAAUAUAUCUAAUAAUGUAUAAAAUUAAAUUAUUCUACUAGGAAAUUAUCUAGAAUUUAAUUAGAUAAACAAAAAUUAAUUACGAUUUUGAGAUUUGCUAUUUAUGUUCAACAUAGAUUAAAUAAUUAACCAAAUUUAUUGAUCUUCCAUGUAAUUAAUUGUAAAAAUACUAAAUCAAAUUAUUUAAAGACAUAGAUUCCAUGAGAAAUGUAUUUAAAAAUGGCUUUAAUCACAUAUAUUUUGUCCAAUAUGUAUAGAACCAAUUGAUUUGAUGACUUUAUAGAUGAAAAUACUAACUUGA